AUGAAGAAUAAAUACACACCUGUUUCAGACUCUGAAGAGUCUUCGAAAACGCUCACUGAUGAAAAGGCAGACACCCGUUCUUCAGAGGGUACUCCCCCUCCGUAUUCAGCUUCAAACAAAUUUAUCGAUUUAGAAAUGGCUGACGGAUCCGCUCAGAAUUCCGCCGAAUUAUCCGAAAAUAAUAUUAGGUCUGACCCUUCGCCAAAUAAACAGUGGUGGAAAACACCUGUCAUAGGAACAGUGACCAUUAUAACUAUUAUAUAUAAUAUUGUAUUUAUAGCCAUAGUUUUUGGUUACAACGUUUCUCUGUAUUCGAACACUUUUUAUGGUCUUGCUGGCAGCUCUAUUGGAUCUAUUUGUACUUCUCUCCUUGCAAUUCUUUAUAUCUGUCCGGAAUGGUACAGGGAAGCUGGAAGAGCAACAAAGAAGUGCAUUAAGAAAUUCACACCAGCUGUAUGUAAAGCGCUAAUUACCCUGAUAAGUUUGAAUGGAGUCGGGGCCAUGGUGUUGGUUGUUUUGGCCGUAUUGAACAUAUGCUUGUUUGUUCUUCUCAUUCGAAACCCAAUUGGAUUUGGAAAUAUGACAAUUAUCGUACCUACAAACAACAGGAUUAGCAGGAAUCGUCCACCUCGUAACGAAGAAACCGAACUUCAACCUCUUGCUGAUCAAAGCUCUGAAGUUUGA